CUGGUAAUCCACAAAUUUGAUGCUCAGCAGUUACCUAUCUAACGCAAGGCAACGCUCAUUUGACUAAACCCUGUCCAACGGAGAGCUCCGAGUUGGCUGGAAGCUUCCACAAGCCGGAAGAACAAAACCAGCGAGGAGGGGAUGGAGAUAGACUGCCAGCCCGAGGAAUCCAUCGUCUCUUCAUUUGAUGAGGACUGCGUUGUGCUUGGUGAUGUCAAAGACAUGAUGUUGGAGGCAGAAGCAGUGGUCAAUGACGUACUUUUUGCCGUUGCUGAAAUGCAUGUGUCACAAAGUCUCAACAGCAUGUCCGAUGUGGCCUACAUAAACGUGGAAACAAGAGAGGGAAACCGGUAUUGUCUGGAGCUCACAGAGGCAGGACUAAGGGUGGUGGGCUACGCCUUCGAUCAAGUGGACGAGGAUUUGAACACCCAGUAUCAUGAGACUGUAUACUCUCUUCUAGACAAGCUAAGUCCAGGUUACAGAGAAGCCUUUGGGAAUGCUUUGCUCCAACGUCUGGAGAGGCUGAAGCAAAACGGACAAUAAGAAUGACCAAGAUGCUGCAUACGUUGACAAGUGGAAUAGAGGUUGAUGAUGUUGGUGUAUUUGGCUUUAUGCCAAUAAGAACCAAGUCUGGUCAAAUAUUAUAGCCCCUUAUGUGACAUCCACCUGCCUAGCUACCACUACAAUAAGGGGUACCCUGCUCUAUCAACUGCAAAAAAAAUUAUCAUCGAAUGACUUCAUGUUAGUUUCUCAACUUUAGUGACUGCUAGGGAUUGGUUGGAUGGGGGAUGUUGCAACAUUGUGUUGACUUUACUGGGGAAAGAUCUUCCAGCUUCCGUGUGAUACAAAUUUGCAACUGCGUACAUUGAAAAUUCUGCACAUUUUUGUACUCAUCAAAAUAAUCGGAGGAGGCAGCACGUUAUAGAAAUAUUGAUCAAGUUUCCCUCUCUGCCCUGCUUGCACUACAGCUGACGACCGAGAUCUGCUCAAAUACACCCAACUAGUUUUUAUUCAGCAAGUGUCUGAAAGAACCAAAGCUAUAUUCUUUCAACUCAUACUGCCUUAAUGACCGACUUUAGGUUAGAAAAGUACAAAUAAAAUGCAUUGACUUGUGUCAACUUAUUUUGUAUUGGCGUGAGAUAAGGUAUUUUGUGGGGCUGACAUUUCACAUGGAACUUCUUUGAAUAGUUUAAGAUAGCUAGCACUGUAUACAAUACCAAUUAAUUGUUUGGAUAUUACUUACUCCAUACUACAUUGAAACUCAAGGUUGCGUUUCAAGCUUUUACUGUAGAGCUGCUUUAAAAAUAUUGGUUUAUUGUGCAUGUGACCUGGUUCCUAAGUCAGUGUUAUGAAAUCUAUUUUAAGAAAACUUGUUUCUUUUGCAAUCGUACCGAGUUCUUUUCUGCUGGCCUUCGCUCGGACUAAUAAAUUCUCAGAAUGAC